UUAGUGCGCAGAUUUUUUUGUACGAAUAUUUGACAUAAAAGUUAAAAUGCCUUCAAAUUCUCAGAACUCUACGAAAUUAAAAUAGGACUUACUUGACACUUUCGUAUUCUUUCGGUCAAGUAACAAAUUUAAAAAAAAAAGAAUAGUAAAUUUGGUUCAACCGUUCGGGAGCUUUGAUACUAUGGAUAGACUUAACACAAAAACAUGCGUAAAAUUUGUCUUGCGGUUUAAAAAUAUCUUUGAUAAACAAAAAAAAUUGAAAAUCACAUCCAUUAUAAAGUACUAUAUAAGUAUUGAAUAUUUGCUUAUUGUUUCUUGAAAAUUCAUUUAUUAUCAUCAUUACAAUGUCAUUCUUGAUUCUAUUUGCACAUAUAUAAUUGAAUAAUAUGAACUCUGGUCUCUAUGUAAUGUGUUGUUACUUGCUUAAAUAAUAUGAAACUUGGCGGCAAAUAUAUUUAUUAAUUUUAUUUUUAUGCUAAUUUAUUAAAAUUUUGUGAAAUUACCCACAUAUUGUACAUUAAAUAGAUAUAUACUUUAAAGAUAAGUAUCCUUCAAAGUUUUGAAGUAGAAUAAAAUUUAUAGGUUAUAUUACUGUUAUCAUACAUUCAUACAAUAUCAAUCUUCAACUUCAAUACAUUUAUAUUAGUGAUGAUUAUCAAAGGCUUAAAGUCGCAAGCCUGUCAGGGAACCUUUUUAUUAUGAUGAUAUGAAUAAAACAUUACUAUGAAAAGAACGUGGGAUAUGAGAAACGAUAAUUUUAUGAAAGUGUUCAAAUAUUACAAAAGUAAUAAACCUAAACCAUCGCUUGAGGCUGUUAUAUCUGUCGAUAAUACCAAUUUCUCAAACGAGGUAAAAAUCAUCUCACAAGUGGUAAAGGAUGAUUUAAGAGCAAAAUCGUUAGGUUUAGAAGAUGUAUCCAAAUGGGAAAUUUUCUCUUCAAAUAAUAAUCCUGGAUUUAUUAUAAUAAAGAAUCCAUUUACAAAUUUAGGUCAGAGGUAUUGGAUGAGAAAAUGCUUAGAAGAAUACCCAAGAAAGCCUCAUAAAAGGAACAUAGAUAUUGAUAAACCGGUUGAUGAUUGGUGGGCAGAAUGUUUUAAAAGUGGAGUAUGUGACAGGAAACUGCAAAAGAAAUUGAGAUGGACUACACUAGGAUAUCAUCACAAUUGGGAUACUAAAGUAUAUAGUGAGGAAAAUAAAACUGCUUUUCCUUUAGAGUUGGCUGAGUUAUGUGAUGUAGUGGCGAGAACACUUGGUUACAGCACAUUCAAGGCUGAAGCAGCUAUAGUAAACUAUUAUCACAUGGAUUCUACUCUGUCAGCACAUACAGAUCACUCCGAAGUUAAUUUGGAAGCACCUUUGUUUUCAUUUAGUUUUGGGCAGUCAGCAAUACUUUUAUUAGGAGGCCAUGACAAGAGUGUCAAGCCUACAGCUUUUUUAUUAUCGAGUGGGGAUAUAGCUGUUAUGUCUAAAGAAGCUAGACUAUGCUACCAUGCGGUACCAAAAAUCUUACCUGCUUCAAUACAUCAUUGGAAUAAUAAAGAUAUGACUUGUAGUUCAAAUUUAGGCGUAGAAUUUAAGUAUAUUGUUGAAGAUGAUUUAAUUAAGGAAAUGAACAAAAAUUUGAAUAUGGAAGAAUGGAGUAAAUUUAAUACAUAUGUUGAAGAAUCGAGAAUAAAUAUUAAUGUGAGGCAGGUGCUAAAUGAAAAUCAGAAUAGUUUAAAUGAUCAAAGUAUUUAAUGGUCAAUAAAACAAAUUAUUUAUUUUUCUAAUUUUACACAAUGUCUGAUUUAAAUAUCUCCUUUCUAGUUUUUAUUGUACCUUAGUAAGAAUGGUAUUGCCGGUGUGGUUGCUGUGUUAUAACUGAAACAAUGAAAUUAUUUUGUUAAUUCCAUAUGCUA